UCGUGAUUGAAAAUUUUGGUUAUGAAAAUUUGCGGUGAAAAAGUCUAACAAAAACUAAGUGAAGUCAUCAUUGAUUGGAUUCAAUCAAGCCUCCAUUGGACUGAUUCAUUAAGCCAUAACUUUCCAUUUAAUGCAAAGAGACCAGACAAAUGGUCUUGUCACUUGUGUUUAUCUAGAGGUAGGACAUGGAUAAGGAGAACUGGAUAAGUGAGGAUAUGAUGAUAUCUCAGUUUCUAGUCAUUGGUAGUGUUUAAUUCAAUUGAUUUGAGAGACGAAUGAAAGUGUAUGCUUUUUGGUGUCAUGAAAAUAACAAGAGACUGAGUGAGAGACGAGAGUAAUCUAAACUGGAUAGCCAAAAUUGGGUUUGAUGUGGACCUUCUUAGUUAUCAAAGAUCAAGGAAGAACCAAAGUAUGCGAGCUAUAUUUAUUUAGUUUUUAAUUUUCAUAAUUUUAUUGAUAUUUCGAUAUAUAACCUUUCACAAUCCUAUAAUCGCAAAUAGCAAAUAACACUCCAAAAUGAAUCACGAUACAUUUUGAUAUUAAAUUCAAUAUCAAACUUCCCGCCGUACAUGGGAAGAGUGUGCCAAGCCCGACCCGUCCUUUUAUUGGGCCUUCGUGUUCGUGGGUUCAUUCCGAAGCCUACCAGCUCUUGCCUCUUUAGCGCUUCAUGAGCUGGUCGAGAUCGGAAGCAUCAGAUAGCUGCAGAACUUUCACCAGCAAAACUACUAAACCCUAGAGAAACCCCUAAACAAUCGAAGUCAAGCCAGGGCAAACCUCCGAAUCAAGAGACUACCAGAAGAAGACUAAGGUCAAAGAACCCAAAAAAUGGUUCCAGGGCUGAGACAAUUCACCGACCGUACCGGCGAAGGUGCCGGUGUGCCGGUGCUCGACGUUGAAAAUGGCGAGGAGCUGAAGCACGUGGAGCCCGGCGUCGCCAUUGUUAUCGCCAAUCGCUCCCCGGAAUCUACCGGAACUCUCUACAUCUCCUCCAGGAAGGUGGUUUGGUUGAGCGAUGUGGAUAGGGAAAAGGGCUAUGCUGUUGAUUUCUUGGCUCUGUCGCUCCACGCUGUGUCGAGGGAUCCGGAUGCGUUUCCUUCUCCUUGUAUUUAUGCUCAGAUUGAGACAGGAGUUGAUGAAGGUGAUUCGGAUAGCUCAGAUUCUGAGUGUGAAGAAACUUUGGACUUGUCCAAAGUAACAGAGAUGAGGCUUGUUCCUUCUGACCCAAACCAGCUGGAUACUCUGUUCCAGAUCUUCUGUGAGUGUGCUGAGCUCAAUCCGGAACCAAUUGAAGAAGAUGAAGGGUUCGGCGGCAACAACUGGGUUUUCAGUGCUGACAUGAUGGCUGGUGACGGAGCAGAUGUGGAAGCCCCCGAAUGGUUCUCCCCAACCAGCUCCAUUGGCCAUUCAAAUGGGGAUCAUGACCUGGCUCGUACUGUGCUUGAGCUGCAAAUCAAUGAUCAACGAUUUGAAGAUGCGGAAGAGAUGGAACGUGAAAACGAGAACAGCCGUGAAUCGUGAUUGACUUCUUUGACUGAUGGCUGGAUGUUGGAGUGUGUGUUUUAACAGCGAUUCUACAUCUCAGAAGGCUAUCAAUGGUUAAUGUAAAUCAAAGACUUUGCAUUUGGCUUUUGAAUCUGUAACCAGAGGGAUAGGGGGUUGGCACUAGAUGUGUAACAGUUGGUGAAUCAGCUGGGUGUAUCUGUAAUGCAAAGAGAUUCCAUGGCGCCUCAAAUUGUGGAGUUCAAAGACGAUCAGGACUGGUUGGCCAUUGCGUCGAGAAAAAAGGCACUAGUUAAAUUUUCCCUCUUGAUAAGGAAUUUUACAGACGGAUUGACUAAUAUGUAUGCAAGGGAUGACCUGUCCUUUUUAUCAUAAAGCAUGACUCGACUCUACUGUCACUCCAGGAAUUGGCCAAGUGAAACCACUUCCUAAAGCGUAGUAUAGCGGGUUUGGGUUUAAUUAUCAACCCGGGUCCUAAAUAUGAUGACUACUCAGUGAAUUCUUGUUAUCUAGCAAUGAAACUGGAAUGCAAGUCUAAACUAUCAAACUAACAAAGCAAGUAAACGGUUGUAUUCAGGUUAAAGAGGUCACCCGGAUAUGGUUCCCCCUAGACUGCAGUUAAGCCGGAUUUUAAUUACCAAGUUCAGUUUCUAUGAUAGUUAUACUGCGGAAGGUUCUCAAACAGCCUGAAGUCUCGACUAAAGGUCUUCAGACCCUCCCAAUCUGAGUCUCUAGCGGGCGACUAACCUCCACCGGAGUAAACAGAUUGAGGCCCUAAGAACAAAACCUCCACUACCGGAGUAAAUCCGGUACAGAAUAGUGAGUUGGCUCCUCGACUAAAGUCACCAACUCCCUACCUUCAAUCAAGGAUACUCUAUUAACCUAGUCAGAUAUUCUCAUUCUAGGUUAAAGCAGAAACAACAGGAAUUUGAUCAGGAUUCAAGUCAUUCAAUCAAACAAACCUCAAUCGAAUAUAAUCAAUCAUAGAAUCAUUACUUGGGUUCAUACAAUCAAAGCCUAACAUACAAAUCUAGGGUUCUCCAUACCCAGAUGAAUGGGAGAACUACUCCAUAGAGAAGAAAGCAAAAGCAGAAUCAGACGCGGAAUUCAUACUGUGAAGGAUGGAUUCCUGCUUCUGGACGUUGAUCGGCACUUCUCCAAGCUCAAACUGGCCUCCAAUGGUGUUGAAGAUCAAUCUAGGGCGCUUGGAGACUCUUGUUCGUCGCUUUCUCUCUCUAGGAACUGAUCUCUCUCUCUAAAACUCGAAUUCCCUUGAAUUGUGGCUGAAAAUCUGCUUAAAAGCAUUAGUGGCCAAAGCACGGUCGAGGGCACGGCCGUGCUUUGCCUGACUCCGCCCGUGUCUCGGCCAGGGCUUAAUUACACGGCCAGCAAGUGGGUUAAACACGGCCGUGCUUCGCGUUGGACACGACCGUGCUUUGGUGGAACACGGCCGUGCUUCGGUGCCCGUGUUUGCAGCUGAAUUGGCCAAACUGAAUUUGCUCUCGGCAUAAAAAGCACGGCCAGCAGUACACGGCCGUGUAAUGCCUUAGGCUGCACGUGUUUUGGCUCCAGCUCACCGAAAUGACUUCCGAAUGCCCCGAAACUCGCGCUUAGCCUUCCCUUUGACACCUGGGACCUGAAACAUGACAAAAUAGCACAACCCGGCAUAAAAUAGGCCACAACACACGACUAUGCCCCUCAAACGGAUAAGAACUAGGGGCGCAAACAUGUGCAAUUACAUUGUUAUCAAAGCACUUGCAGUUGCAAUUCAUAAUCUUUCAGUUACCAGAUAGUGAAACAAGGUUAAAGAUUUCAUGUUAGAACAUAGAACACCAAGUGAAGGGAUCUUGGCUGUGGCAAUUUUAUCAUUUGGCAUUAGAGGCUUCUUUCCGACACAAACCAGUGUUGGCAAACUAUGAACUAAACCUGUGAGCAAAGU